AGCCAACCAAUUGACUCAGUCAUUCUCUCAGAAACUACGACACCGACAGGAUCGAUUUCAAUUCGCGCGUUCCACAGUGACAAACAAGCAUACGUUUUCGACUCUUUUUGCUACGGUGAACCUUAACCGGUCGUCGACAAAAUGGACGUCAAACUUUUGACGUUGCUGGUGUUCGUCUGCGUCGCAAGUUCGACCGCGGAGUUUCGUUCACCUUUUUUCAGAACGCGACGAAAUGAUGGAUCGUUAGAAAGUGUCGCGCCCGAAGGCAGAACUUUAUGGACCUUUUGGCCGCGGUGGAAGCGGGAGACCGACAGUUUGGAGGAUGCGGAAAGAGAGGAAGCAGAUUCCAUCAAGUCUGCCAUGGAUCCUUCGCCGACCUUCUGGCAGCCGCGGUGGAAGCGGGAGACUGACAGUUUAGAAGAUACGGAAACAGAGGAAACAGACUCCACCGAAUCCACGGAGCCUACGACGGUCUCUCCGCGCAACAAGAAGAAGAAACCAGAUUCCACGACUCCAAAGCCAAGUGCUCCAACCCCGCCCAAACCUAAGUCUAGGAGGCGAAUAAAGCCAACUACGGAAGCGACACCGGAAUCGGAGGAGACGACGCCUAAACCCACGACCAAACCUCCUAAGCCUAAGAGACGAGCGAAGACACCUACAACUACUCCCGAACCAGAUUCACCAGAAGAUAGUGAGGCUACGCCUGAACCAGAUAGCGAAGAAGAUAGUGACACGACACCUAAGCCAGACUCUGAAGAGGACGAGGACACAACGCCUAAACCUAGCAAGCCUAAACCUAAGCCCAAGUCACCCAAGUCCAAGCCUAAGGCUCCUAAGCCUGACGAGCCUGAAGAGGAUAAUGAUUCAACGCCUGAACCAGAGUCUGAAGAAGAUGAGGACACAACACCUAAACCUAGCAAGCCUAAACCUAAGCCUAGGUCACCCAAGUCCAAACCUAAGGAUCCUAAGCCUGACGAGCCUUCUGAAGAGGAUAAUGAUUCAACGCCUGAGCCAGAGUCUGAAGAAGACAGCACAACACCUAAGCCAGACUCUGAGGAAGAUGAUGCGACACCCAAGCCGGACUCUGAUGAGGAUGAUGACAAAACACCCGAGCCGGAGUCUGAAGAAGACACAACGCCCAAACCUAGCAAGCCUAAACCUAAGCCUCCAUCUAAUAAGCCCAAGUCACGCAAACCAGCAUCCAAACCUAAGACUCCUAAGCCUAGCGAGCCUUCUGAAGAGGAUACAGAUGUAACGCCUGAGCCAGAUUCUGAAGAAGAUAGCACAACACCUAAGCCAGAUUCUGAAGAGGAUGAUGACACUGAGCCAGAGUCUGAACAAGAUGAGGACACAACGCCUAAACCUAGCAAGCCUAAACCUAAGCCCAAGUCACCCAAGUCCAAGCCUAAGACUCCUAAGCCUGACGAGCCUUCUGAAGAGGAUAAUGAUUCAACGCCUGAGCCAGAGUCUGAAGAAGAUGAUGACAUAACACCUAAGCCAGAUUCUGAAGAGGAUGAUGACACAACACCUAAGCCAGAUUCUGAAGAAGAUGACACAACGCCCAAACCUAACAAGCCUAAACCUAAGCCUCCAUCUAAUAAGCCCAAGUCACGCAAGCCAGCAUCCAAGCCUAAGGCUCCUAAAUCUAACAAGCCUCCUGAAGAUGAUGAUGACAAAGCACCUGAGCCAGAUUCUGAAGAAGAUAGCACACCUAAGCCAGACUCUGAGGAAGAUGAUGCGACACCCAAGCCGGACUCUGAAGAGGAUGAUGACGAAAAACCUGAGCCGGAGUCUGAAGAAGAUGACACAACGCCCAAACCUAACAAGCCUAAACCUAAGCCUGCAUCUAAUAAGCCCAAGUCACGCAAACCAGCGUCCAAACCUAAGGCUCCUAAGUCUAACAAGCCUUCUGAAGAGGAUGACAAAACACCUGAGCCAGAGUCUGAAGAAGAUGAUGACACAACACCUAAACCAGACUCUGAAGAGGAUGAUGACACGAAACCUGCGCCAGAGUCUGAAGAAGAUGAUGACACAACACCUGAGCCAGAAUCUGAAGAAGAUGACACAACGCCCAAACCUAGCAAGCCUAAACCUAGGCCCACAUCUAACAGGCCCAAACCUAAGACUCCUAAUUCUAACAAGCCUUCACCGAAACGAUCUCCUUCCGAUGAUUCCGAUAAGCCUCCCAAAUCAGAGCAACCGAAACCAACUAGAAAGCCUGCGUCGCCUAAACGGAAGCCCAGCUCUGAUCCAAAUGACGAAUCGGACGAGUCGGAGCCGUCGACCUCUCCACCUAACAAACCUGCAUCGCCAAAACGAGCUCCCACGUCCAAUUCACCUCGCAAACCUGCGCCCAAACAAACACCUACGCCUAAACCCACGACGCCGAAGAAGCCGAGUGACUCGCCAUUGCCUUCGUUCAAUGCUCGCUUCGGUCCAUUCGAUGAUGAUUUUGGGAUAUCGGUAGACAUGCCUGAAGAGCCCACUCAGAAGCCUAUGUCAGGACCGAGUCCUACGUCAGGACCGAAUCCCAUGUCAGGACCGAGUCCUACGACAGGACCGAAUCCUACGUCAGAACCGAAUCCCAUGUCAGGACAGAAUCCUAUGUCAGAUCCAACUCUAAUAAUAUCUACAAAUCCUGUAAACCUUCCACCCUUCACGUUCCCUACGUUCGGCAACCCCGGAGAUUUCAUGCCAUUUAAUCCAUACAAUUUCUUCAAUCAUUACGGUUUACCUAACCCAAAUUCCAUACCCACUCCGGGUAAUUUUGAGGGGCCUGGAUCGAACGAUGGAGGAGCUGCAGAUGCUGGAGCGUUCGCUUCGGCUUCUGCUUCUGCCUCUUCGACCGCUGGAGCUUCCGAUACUAGUUAUAACAAUCCGAUGUCUUUUAGUUUUGGCGGAGGAUUUGGUGAAAGCUUAGCCAACAUAGCCAACACGGCCAACGAACCAAAUAUGGUUAACCCGGAGAUACCCCAGUUUCCAGGAGGUCAACCAUUUGACCACAGCUCCUUUGCAUUCCCUGGUUACAAUUUCCAAGAUUUCCAAAAGCAAAUGGAGGAGAAUUUCAAACGUCUUCAAGAGCAGCAACAAGCGAUCUUUGACGCCACAAACCGCAUCGGCGAUGCUGGUUCUAUUCCUGGUGCACACACUGCUUUUUCUAGCAUCAACCUAGGACCUGAAGGUGGAUUUCAAGCUGGCGCAAUUAAUCCGGUUGCACCAGGAGUAGAAUCAAGAUUCGGUGAACAGCUUCCACCGCCAUCUGGAGGAACUUACGGUGUAUUCUCAAGUUCGAGUUCCCACAGCAUGACCGGACCGGACGGUAAAACGGUCUCCCGCAAAGUAGCAACCACAGGGGUGAAUGACAACGGAAAAAUUACUUUCCGCACCGUUGAAGAAUAAAUGCCUUCAUUAACACUGACAAUCGAAUUAACGGAACAUGUGCCCUUUUUAUUCCUUUUUAUAAACAAAGGUCCUCUGUAACUCAGGGUUAUAAAUAAGAUUACUAAGCUUGCCAAAUAUGCUAGAUAAAUACUCAUAUUGUUUAGGUGAAAAUCAAAAGGUGAAAUAGAUAUUAUUUCGACGAUUAAUCAAGUUAUCGUAGACCGAGUUUAAUGUUAAAGGCACAUAUGUGAAUUAUUUUAAAGAGCUUAAAUUAUUAGUGGCAAUUAGUUUACUUAAUAUGGUACAUUUCUGCACAUAUUUAAAUUUUAUUUGUCCAAGAUAUUAAAUUUCCAUGUUACAUAUUUUUGUUCUCUUUUUAUAGAAAAAAGAUUAAUAUUGUUGUAAUAAAAAUUGUAUUUAAUUAAAUUCGACAAUGCUUGCAAUGUGAAAGUAAAGUUACUUUUUAUUAGUUAGAGUAAGUUUUAGUAGUUAAGUACCUUCGUUAACCCUUUGUAGGUAAGACGGCCUUUUUCCAGCCAAUCUUAAUUAUUUCACUUUUAAAAUAUUUAUAAAAUUUACUUAAUAAUAUUUCUAAUAAAUACAUUUUACAAUCAUA